AUGACUGCCUUUCUGCAGAUUGCCGCCGUGCGCCAGUGUCUGGGACCAAUGGAAUUAUCUGACACUGACAUUUGUAGUGCGCUGCAUUUCGUCCGCUCCGAACAAGCCCAUACACCCUUCUACUUCGUCCGUCCACCACCUGAGGCUAACUCUGAGACCCCUACAGAAUGGCAUCAUAAGACAGCGGCUCAAAUGCUACAACUAAGACAAAUCUACGCCUCCGCAAUACAAUACACGUUGCAACAGUGCUUCGAAGCCCUCAAUGAUGCCGACUGGAACCUCGAGGAGGCCCUAAUUCGUCUGCCUUGGACGGAAGAUUAA